AUGACCACUCUUUGGGUGCUGCUGCACAUAGCCGCUCAGCGCGACUACGAGCUUCACUCUCUUGACUUCAACACAACUUUCUUGCAGGGCAGCCUGCACGAGGAGAUCUGGCUGCGCCGCCCACCUGGCUUUACUGGGUCGUUUCCUCCUGGCACCCAGUGGAGCCUACGGCGGCCAGUCUACAGUCUCCGCCAGGCGCCCCGUGAGUGGCACGACACACUGAGAACUACACUUGCGGCUCUUGGCUUUGCUCCUUCUACUGCCGACCCGUCGCUGUUUCUACGCACCGACACCUCUUUGCCGCCGUUCUACAUCCUCGUGUACGUCGACGACUUGGUCUUUGCCACUGCUGGACUCGCCCACGUGAAGUUAGAGCUGCAGAAGAGACACACGUGCACAGACCUGGGUAAACUGCGCAGCUACCUUGGCUUGCAGAUCACCCGGGACAGAGCACAGUGCACCAUUACCCUGACUCAGUCACACAUGGUGCAGCAGGUCCUUCGGCGCUUCGACUUCACGUACUCCUCGCCUGAGGCCACUCCUCUGCCUACUCGCCACUCGCUCUCAGCUCUGCCUUCGGAUGAGUCCGUAGAGCCGAGUGGCCCAUACCCAGAGCUUGUUGGCUGCCUCAUCUGUAAGGCUGAGAUCUAUGCGGGGGCCAUGGCUGCACAGGAGCUACGCUGGCUCACCUACCUGCCGACUGACCUAGGAGAGCCGCCUCGUUCUCCUCCAGUUCUGUACGUAGACAACAAGGCCAUGCUGGCCUUGUGUCGGGAGCACAGACUGGAGCACAUAACGAAGCACAUUGCUCUUCGCUACUUCCUUGCUCGUGAGCUGCAGCAGCGUGGUCAGCUGGGCCUUGCUUACGUGGCCUCUGAGGCCAACACUGCUGAUAUCUUUACCAAGGCACUUCCGCCUUGUGAUCAUCAGCGCUGCUGUACGAUGCUAGGUCUUGUGCCUACUUGGCCUCACUUGCUGACUUCUUGA